CCUCCGCUACGUGACGGCGCCAUACUACGAUAACUGCACACACCCGAUUACCUCCCCUGCGCAAGCUCUUGCGUAUUGUUGUUUAAUACUUACGAAAAAUGGGAUCUUGUACAUGUUUCAGUGUUCUCGCAACGUCAGUGUAAUAUGAUAUGUGAAGAUUGAUAAAUGCAUAGUUGCACGUAAACCUCACAUUUCAAACCGGCUAUCCAGCCAUUUCCGGUGCGAACGUACUAAUAUAUUAUCGUCUGCUACAGUAGAUGGGCAGUCGCUAUGACGCUAACAAGCAGCUCUUUUCGGACGCUGUUGAAGACGAGUGUCCGAAGUGUAAAUGGCUUGAUAUCAAGGACAUAUUAUCUCUACUCUUCCGAACCGUUUCAUCCAUAUCCUGACCGGCAACCGAAAUGGAUGAGCGCGGAAGAGGCAGUGUCAGUUAUCCAGUCUGGCCACAAGGUGUUCCUCCACGCCGGGGCAGCCACGCCCAUCACCCUCGCCGACGCCAUGGCCGAGUACGGGAAGAAGGCUGGACUGAGGAAUGUGGAGGUACUGCACCUACACUCUGAAGGUCCUGCCACGUAUGCUCAACCCGAAUACAGAGACCAUUUCCGAUCCAACUCGUUGUUCAUUGGCGCUAACGUACGGAAGGCAAUAAAUUCCGGUGCAGCUGACGCCAUCCCGAUCUUCCUCUCGGAGAUACCGCUUCUCUUCCAUCGGCGACUCAUUCAUAUCGACGUGGCUCUCAUUUCCGUGUCCCCACCCGACAAACAUGGCUACUGCUCUCUGGGAGUCAGCGUGGACUGUGCACGAGCUGCCAUGCAAAAUGCCAAGUAUAUAAUAGGUCUGGUGAACAAGCAGAUGCCACGGACAUUCGGAGAUGGUCUGAUACACCAGUGUCAUUUUGACGCCAUGGUCGCCGAGGACAGACCCCUUCCAGAGCUUGAGAAGAUCACAGCCUCGUCUGAGGAAGAGGAGAUUGGCAAACUUAUUGCUGAGAAUCUUGUCCAGGACGGAGCAACACUUCAGAUGGGAAUCGGCUCAAUACCCAAUGCAGUGCUCGAUAAGCUGGGUGCACACCGUGACCUUGGCAUUCACACGGAGAUGUUCAGUGAUGGCGUCGUGGACUUGGUGGAGACAGGCGCCGUCUCCAACACCAAGAAAAUCAUCCAGCCGGGGAAGAUCCUCUCCAGCUUCUCCAUCGGCACAAAGAAGCUGUACGACUUCCUCGACAACAACCCGUCCGUUGUCAUGGUGGACGCCGCCUACAGCAACAGCACCGACAUCAUUUCCCAGAACCCCAAGGUGACGGCCAUCAACUCGGCGAUUGAGGUGGACCUAACUGGACAGGUCGUGUCCGAUUCCAUCGGGACCAGAAUGUACUCAGGUUUUGGAGGUCAAAUAGACUUCAUCCGUGGUGCGUCUCUCUGUCGCGACGGAUUGGGAAAACCAAUCAUAGCCUUGCCAUCACAGACCAAGAGAGGAGAAACCAAGAUAGUGCCGUUCAUCAAGGAAGGUGCUGGAGUUGUAACAACACGAGCGCACGUGCAUUACGUGGUGACAGAGUUCGGCAUCGCCUUCUUGUUCGGCAAGAGUCUGCGACAGCGAGCCUACGAGUUGAUCAAGAUAGCUCACCCCAACCACAGGGAACAGCUGGAGAAGGCGGCGUUUGACAGACUCAAGUGUAUGCCUGCUCCGUGAUUGGACGAUGUUCUCCAGUCUCACGUGUACAGUUAACACACUAUUGGUCAAUGUUACCUGGCUUAAUUGCGUCCCUGAUACGUGAUUGGUCAGUGUUACCUUUCUUGACUUGUAUCAUGUUUGGUGGGUUAUCACCAGACUGAUAAAAUGCUAAGUGUCGAAACUAAAACACUAUACAAUUUACCCUCGUUUUGGCAAAUACCUUGUUCAUGAUCAUGUAUUUGACAAAAGUAACCUCUUGGAACUUUAUCUGUGUGAUAACCAGAUACUUGUUAUACUUUCAUGAGCUAUUUUGCGAUUGUUGCUAUAUAAUCUAUUUUCAUAUAUUAGAGCAUUUAUGUUUAAGCUUUGCUAAGUAAAAUUGAUAAUUUAUGAUGUUCCAGUAAAGAAUAUCAAUUUGUUUCA